ACAAAAGUGACAAGCCACUCAAGUGCAUUUAACUAUGUUAUUUUAAUAAAAGUAUAUUUAUUCAAUUAAAGUUAUCAAUUUAUUUACGUGUGUAGUAUAUUAAUUUAUAACAUGAAUAGACCUGUGUUUGGUAAAAAAUCUUCCCAUCAACAGCGGAGCAGGGUGGAUAGGUUCGUGCUGCCUCGGGAGUCGUUCACGGACGAGCGCCGGCGCAGGGCGUGGCGCGGCGAUCUGCACAACGAUACCGUUGACAUAUGGGAAGCGAAACACCAAAAACAGAGGAAAUACAAGAGCUAUUUGGACGAAGUGUUCGGCCUGGAGCCGACUAAGGGCCAGGAAGUGAGAGGGGUGGAGGGCGCAUGCGUGCAGCCCUGGCCAUGCGCCCCGAGGCGGAGGGGAUACCUCUCCUCCGCUGAUAGCAUCCUCGACUUGCCUACUUAUAGUUACGCUACGUUUCCAGAGCUCUUGGACUGGAGUAGGAGCAACAUGCUGGUGGCGGCGCUGGGUAACAACUACCACAUGUUCAGCUGGACGGCGCAGAGCGUCAUGGGGCAGGGCGUCACGCAGUACCCCAUACACUGCUGCAAAUUCCAGCCCACUGGAGACUUGCUCUUGAUAGGGUCAAACAUGAGGACGGUGGAACUGCACGACACUGUACGGAGCAAGAAUGUUGCUGAAGGUUGCUGCAAGUGCUAUGGAGAUGACGUCACCAAGAUCUGCGCCAUUACUGCAGUGGACUGGAGUCCCACUGGAUACUCAUUUGUUUCAGGCUGCUCUCGCGGGCAUGUGAUAGCCUUCGACCGGAGGACACUCCUGAUCAACAGCUGGAAGCGGUUGAGCCGCUCCCCGAUACUUACAGUGAGGAUAUCUCCAGACGCCAGAUACGUCGCGGCUGUCGCCUUCAACUCAUCACUGGUUCACGUCCUGGUCUGGCCUUCCUUGGAGUACCAUUCGAGUUUAAACUCCAAUUGGAUUGUAAAGACUAUAGCAUGGCACCCGUGGCGUAGCGCCCUUCUCGGAGUGGGUGUGAUGACGUCAGCUCUCCACACCACUAUCGCCAUGUGGGACACGCCCUCCUCUCGGUUGCGGGAAGCCAAGCUCGGCCACUACAACCAGUACAGCCUCGACGUCAUGAUGUUCAGCCACAGGACCGGCGAGCUCGUGCUUAGCAUGUGGAAUUCAGCCAGAGCAGUGUCAUUCCCAAAGACGUGCGCGCAACUAGUGGUGAUGAGCGACCCGUACACCGUGGUGGACCAAUCCGGAGAGGGCAAGAGUGGACUGGACCGCGUGAGGACCAUGGUGUUCAGCCCGGACGGGACAAAACUUGCCACGGCGACCGCAGACGAAGACCUGAUCAUCUGGAACUUUCUUCCAGAAGAUAAAAAAAAGAAGAAUACAAAUUCUAGAAGAUUCUCAGCCGGCCCUGUGUAUCUCGACUAUAUCACUCAUGGAUUUGUUAUUCGAUAAAUAUUGUUGUUGUUCUAUAAUUUUAUGUUACGAUGGAUAUUGAUUUUAUCAAAUUUUGUAAUGAUUUUUAAUAAAAUAAUUUAUUG